AUGAAUUCUGUUCAUCCUCCCGUGUUAGUAGUAGGCGCCGGGCCAGUGGGCCUAGUAGCAGCGUUGACGCUCCUCGAAAACGGUAUCUCAGUUCGCAUCAUUGAUAAAGACCCCCACCAUCGCAUCGGACAACGUGGUGCUGGAAUAUGGCCGCGCUCCCUCGAACUCUACAACUUCCUGGGCGUUUCAGAAGUUAAUGGUCUGGGAAAACCAGCCCCUCCCGUCCGUUCAUACAAGCCCGGGACGUUGGAACCUCUUCAAGACUCAUCGAUGGUCCCACCUAUGGAACCUAGCUCAGCAAUACCAUUCCAUUCCCCCAAAUUGAUGGGUCAACAGGUCCUAGAUGUGAUUCUGCGACGCCACCUAGAGAAAUUCUCUUGUUCUGUCGAAAUGGGCACCGAACUGCGCUCGUUCGAGCAGUCCGACGAGGGCGUCACCACUGUUCUAACAAAGAACGGCAUAACAGAGACUUUUGAUACCAAGUGGAUUAUCGGUGCUGAUGGUGCUAAAGGUAUCGUGCGCAAACAACUUGAGCUCGCAUUUUUGGGCGAGACCAGAGACGAUACCCGGAUGGUGACGGGAGAUAUCUGUCUGAAGGGCGUUGGCCUUGAUAGAAUGUAUUGGCACCGAUUUGGACACUUUAGUAAACGAGGCCUCUCAUUGCGUCCAACAGACGAAGUUGGCGAGGACGGCUGGCAAUUUUUCCUCUACGGUCACGAACUAGACAUAGCGAAGAUCGCUCAGAGCGAAGAGCUUGUUUUCGAGACCAUCGCGUCGAUAAUACCAACGGAGAUUACAUUCAGCAAGGUGGUUUGGAUGAGUGACUUCAGGGCCAAUAUCCGGAUGGUGGAUAAGUUUAGCAAGGGUCGAGUGUUCGUUGCGGGCGAUGCUGCUCACGUCCACAGCCCAACUGGUGGUCAGGGACUCAAUUCAGGUGUACAAGAUGCAUUCAAUCUAGGAUGGAAACUUGCGCUUGUUCAGAAAGGGUUCGCCGACAAAUCACUUCUCGAGACAUACAGCGCCGAGCGUCUGCCUGUGAUCUCCGAGAUGCUCGGGGUGACCACCUCGAUUCUCGACAAGGCAAUAUCGUCUGGAGACCCGUCGAUCGGACGGAGUCCUAUCCUUUAUAUGCUCGGCAUCAACUGCCGAUUCAGCUCCAUCGUACUCGAUGAAUUUGUGACUUCAAUCGAGGGGAGGCCUAUCAACGCGUAUGGAGUGCUUGACGAAGGGCAUCUGGAAGCUGGAGAUAGGGCGCCUGAUGCACCCAAAAUGCUGCAGGUGGGGCGCGCAGAGCCUGACGUGACGACACUUUUUAGUUUGUACAAACCCUGGUACCACACAGUGCUUGUAUUCGCGCCAGAUCUCGCUGAAGCCACCCCGAUCCUGGGUGCAUUAAAGGCAUACGACAAUAGCAUCGUACGAUCGGCAGUCGUGCUACCAUCUUCAGCAUCAGUGACGCCUGUCACAUCUCCUGCUGACCUCGUUCUUGUUGAUCGUGAAGGCUAUGCUUAUUCAGCUUACCUCAUGGAGGCUGGCCACAUGAAGGUGUUUGUGAUACGGCCAGAUGGAGUGGUUGGGGCGAUCGUUCACGGUGCAGAAGGCAUGAAGAAGUAUUUCUCAAAGAUAUUUUUGGACGCGUAG